AUGUCCCUGAAAGUCCCUGUGCUCCUGUUUCCGCUGCAGGAGAGGUUCCCGGUGCUGCACAAGUGGAGCCGCUCUGUGCAGAACGUGGCUCUGUCCGGCCUCAAGUCCAGACCUCGCUGUGGGGUCCCGGACUCCCCACCCCUGCAGGAGAGCGCGAGGGGCCCCAGGGGACACAGGCACCGGCGGUUUGUGCUCUACGGGGGCCGGCUGGACAAGACACAUCUCACUUACAGAAUUGUGCGUUUCCCGUGGCAACUGCGUGAAGAGAAAGUGCGGCGUGUUUUUAAAGAAGCUCUAAAGAUCUGGAGCGACGUGACGCCUCUGAGCUUCACUGAGAUCCACAGCGGGAAAGCAGACAUACGCAUCGACUUCACCAGGGUCUCUUCAUCCUCGCUCGGCAGGUACUGGCACGGGGACAACCUGCCGUUCGAUGGACCUGGAGGAAUCCUGGCCCACGCCUUCUUCCCCAAAACUCACCGUCAGGGAGACAUCCACUUCGACUACGACGAGACCUGGACCCUGGGAAACCACAUGGGCACAGACCUCCUGCAGGUGGCGGCUCACGAGUUCGGUCACGUCCUGGGGCUGCAGCACUCGCCGGAGCCUGGAGCCAUCAUGUCGGCGUACUACUCCUUCUCGUCUCCACCGCGGCUCAGCGACGACGACCGCAGGGGAAUCCAGUACCUGUACGGAGCCAGGCCACGCCCCCAGCCCCCGCCCAAGCCACGGACACCCCCCCCAACUGUACCCGCGCCUCCACCAGAGACCAACGAGAUCCUGGCGCCGCCGGAUGUGUGUCAGACGGACUUUGAUGCGGUGGCGCUGAUCCGCGGGGAGCUGUUCUUCUUCCGCUCGGGCUUCGUGUGGAGGAUCCGUAACGGACGCCUGGAGAACGGUUACCCCGCUCUGGCAUCGCGUCACUGGAGAGGGAUCCCCCACCACAUCGACGCAGCCUUUGAGGACAAGUCAGGCAACAUAUGGUUCUUCCAAGGCUCUCGGUACUGGGUCUUUGAUGCGGAGAUGCAGCAGCGGGGCCCGGAGCCCCUCUCCUCGCUCGGGCUCCCGGUCCCUGAGGUCCAGGCCUCUCUUCGCUGGGGACAUGACCCCAGCUACAACACCCUGCUGUUCAGAGGAGACCAGGUCUGGAGGUUCAGUCCCAAAGAGGGCCGUGUGGAGCCAGGACCCCCCAGGAGCCUCAGUGCCUGGAAGGGGGUCCCACCAGACAUCCACGCCGCCUUCAGGGACAUCUACGGUUAUGCUCACUUCAUUCGGGGGAGACAGUACUGGAAGUUUGACCCUGUGGGCAUGAACUCUGUGGACGGGUUCUCUGAGGGGCACUCCCUGGAGGGGUACCCGCGCUACGUCGGCGUCGACUUCUUCGGCUGCAGAAUCUGA